GGAGGUCAAUGACCGGGCCUCACAGGCCUCCACCCAUGGUAACCUGGCCGUGGCCUACCAGGCCCUGGGGGCCCACGACCGCGCCCUGCAGCACUACCAGAACCACCUCAAUAUCGCCCGUGAGCUGGAGACGUCCAGAGCGAGGCCCGCGCCCUCGGCAAUUUGGGGAACUUCCACUGCUCCCGGGGAGAGUUCCCCCAAGCCGUGCCCUACUACGAGCAGUACCUCCGCUUGUCCCCUGACCUCCAGGACAUGGAGAGUGAGGGGAAAGUCUGCCACAACYUGGGCUACGCCCACUACUGCCUGGGAAGCUACCAGGACGCUGUCAAGUACUAUGAGCAGGACCUGGCUCUGGCUAAGGACCUGCAUGACAAGCUGAGCCAGGCCAAGGCCUACUGUAACCUUGGACUGGCCUUCAAAGCUCUGGGUAACUUCACCAAGGCAGAGGAGUGUCAGAAGUACCUGCUCUCUCUAGCCCAGUCUCUUAAUAAUGCACAGGCCCGCUUCAGAGCCCUGGGCAACCUAGGGGACAUCUUUGUCUGCAAGAAGGACGUGACUGGAGCUAUCCAAUUCUAUGAGCAGCAGCUGGCCCUGGCUCACCAGGUGAAGGAGCGCAGGAUGGAGGCGUGUGCCUACGCGGCCCUGGGUGCCACAUACAGACUGGUGCAGAAGUACGACAAGGCGCUGGGCUACCACACCCAGGAGCUGGAGGUGUACCAGGAGCUGGGCGAUGUGCCUGGGGAGUGUAAAGCCCACGGCCACCUGGCAGCCGUCUACAUGGCUCUGGGGAAGUAUGCCAUGGCCUUCAAGAGCUACGAGGAGCAGCUAGAGCUGGGCCGCAGACUGAAGGACCCGGGGGUAGAGGCCCAGGUCUACGGCAACAUGGGCAUCACCAAGAUGAACGUAGGGGUGAUGGAGGAGGCUAUAGGCUACCUKGAGCAGCAGUUGGCCACCCUGCAGCAGCUGAGUGGCAACGAGGCCGUGCUGGACCGGGGUAGGGCCUAUGGUAACCUGGGAGACUGUUACGAGGCCCUAGGGGACUUUGAAGAGGCCAUUAAAUACUAUGACCAGUACCUGUCUGUGGCCCAGAGCCUUAACCGGAUGCAGGACCAGGAGAAGGCCUACCGAGGCCUGGGGAAUGGACACAGGGCGAUGGGUAACCUGCAGCAGUCCCUGGUGUGUUUUGAGAAGCGUCUGGUGGUGGCCCAUGAGUUGGGGGAGUGUGGAGGGAAGGCCCAGGCCUACGGGGAGCUGGGGGCGCUCCACAGCCAGUUGGGGAACUAUGAACAGGCCAUAUCCUGUCUGGAGCGCCAGCUAGGCAUCGCCCGCGACACCCAGGACCGAUCACUAGAGGGCGACGCCAGCUGUGGCCUGGGCGUGGUCUACCAGUCCAUGGGGGAAUACGAGACGGCCCUGCGCUGCCACCAGAGUGACCUGGAGAUCGCAGAGGAGACGGGCAGGCCCGCCCGACAGGGCCGUGCCUAUGGCAACCUGGGCCUCACCUACGAGUCGCUAGGCAACUAUGAGCGUGCAGUGGUGUUCCAGGAGCAGCAUCUGAGUGUUGCAGCUCAGACCAACGACCUGGCGGCCAAGACCCUGGCCUACAGCAGUCUGGGGAGGACACACCACGCACUGCAGAACUACUCACAGGCUGUCAUGUACCUGCAGGAAGGCCUACGACUGGCAGAGCAGCUGGCUCGGCGUGAGGACGAGGCUAAGAUCCGCCAUCGUCUGGGGCUGUCUCUGUGGGCCAGUGGGAACCUGGAGGAGGCCCAGCACCAGCUCUACCGAGCAUCUGCGUUGUUUGAGACCAUUCGUCAUGAGGCCCAGCACAGCACCGACUACAAACUUUCUCUGUUUGACCUGCAGACCUCCUCCUACCAGGCACUCCAGAGGGUCCUUGUCAGCCUAGGCCACCAUGACGAGGCGUUGGCGGUGGCAGAGCGGGGUCGGACGCGGGCCUUUGCUGACCUGCUGGUGGAGAGGCAGACAGGCCAGCAGGACUCAGACCCCUACACCCCAGUCACAGUGGAGCACAUCCUGGACACGGUGAACAGCCAGAGGGCCCUGGUGCUCUACUUCUCCAUGGCUGCUGGGUACCUGUACAGCUGGCUGCUGGCUCCAGGAGCAGGCAUCCUGAAGUUCCAUGAGGUGUACUUGGGAGAGGGCGUGACAGAGGGCGGGCCAGACCUCCAKGAGGGCGGGGGAGGGGGUGUGGCCAGCGGCUCGUCUCUGGAGCAGCACAUUGCCAGUGCUCGGGAGGCCCUGGGGGUAGAAUCCUACUACAGCAGGGGUUGUUCUAGCAGUGAGACAGAGAGUGAGGCAGGGGACCUGUUGGACCAGCAGUUUGAAGAGCUCAACAACAAACUCAACUCUGUGACUGACCCCACAGGCUUYCUCCGYAUGGUGUCCAGAAACAACCUGUUCAACAGGAGCUGCCAGAGUAUGACUAGCCUGUUCAGUAAUACCGUGUCCCCAGCCAAAGAUGGCUGCUCCUCUCUGCCCCGCCGACCCAGCAACCUCAACAAACCUCCUCUCCGUGCCCUCUACGACCUGCUCAUCGCACCCAUGGAAGGGGGCCUGAUGCAUUCCAGUGGUCCCGUGGGCAGACACAGACAGCUGAUAUUGGUAUUGGAGGGGGAGUUGUACCUCAUCCCCUUCGCCCUGCUGAAGGGCAGCUCCUCUAAUGAGUACCUGUAUGAACGCUUCAGCCUCAUUGCCGUGCCCUCCAUCCAGGGUCUAGGGAUCAGCUCCAAGGGUCAUUCUCGGCGGGUGGGGCCGGCUUCCUGUGKGGGCGUGUCCAUGGCAGCUGUGGUGGGUAACCCUCGUCUGCCGUCCUCUGUGAUGGACCGCUGGCUGUGGGGGCCCAUGCCCUCGGCCGAGGAGGAGGCCCUCAUGGUGUCUGAGCUGCUGGGCUGCCAUCCACUGGCUGGAYCCUCUGCCACCAAGGAGAGGGUGAUGAGUGCCCUCACCCAGGCCGAGUGUGCCCACUUCGCUACCCACAUCUCCUGGAAGCUGGCCGCCCUGGUGCUCACACCCAACCCAGAGAGCAUACCCGGCGGGGCAGGGGCGGGUGUGGGGACUGGAGGGAGAGGGGCAGGGGGCGGGAAGAGAGGCAGUGGAGGCAAGGGCAGGAAAGGCUCGUUUGGGAGCAGCUACACCAUCCCAGAGAGCCUGCACCUGCAGGAUGAUGGGAGCGACGCGGAGAGUAUCUGUGACAGCCCUCCCCUGCAGGAGUUCCUGCUCACCGCUGCUGACAUACUGGACCUGAGGCUGCCUGUCAAACUGGUGGUGCUGGGGUCAUACCAGGAGUCCAGCAGUAAGGUGACAGCAGACGGUGUGGUAGGUCUGACCAGGGCCUUCCUGGCUGCUGGGGCCCAGUGUGUCCUGGUGUCUCUGUGGCCUGUUCCUGUGUCAGCCUCCAAAGUGUUCGUCCAUGCCUUCUACACUGCUCUGCUCAACGGGACCAAGGCCAGCGCUGCCCUCGCAGACGCCAUGAAGACUUACACAUUCUUACCUUCCACAUCCACUCAGUACUCCCGACCCUCCAACUGGGCAGGCUACAUGCUGAUUGGUAAUGACGUGAAGCUGAACAGCCCCUCGUCUCUGAGCCAGGCUCUAGCAGAGAUCCCGUAUCCAGAGAGAGCACGGGAUGCUCUGCGGGUCUUACUGCACCUUGUGGAGAAGUCUCUCCAGAGGAUUCAGAACGGCCAGCGUAACUCCAUGUACACGUCCCAGCAGAGUGUGGAGAACAAGGUGGGGGUCCCAGGCUGGCAUGCCCUGCUGACCGCUGUGGGCUUCCGCCUGGACUCGGCUGGCACCGGCAUCCCUGCUGCUGUUUUCUUCCCCACAGCAGACCCUGGAGACAGGCUACAGCAGUGUAGCACCACCCUGCAGUCAAUACUUGGUAGGCAGUCUACCGCCCCAGCUCUCCAAGCCCUGUGUAAACUCAUCACCGCCUCCGAGGCAGGAGAGCAGCUCAUCAACCGGGCUGUUAAAAAUAUGGUGGGAAUGCUCCACCAGGUGCUGGUCCAGCUUCAGACAGGGGAGAAGGAGCAGGACUUCUCUCUGCUGCCCAUCCAAGUGUCCAUCAGUGUGCAGCUCUGGAGACUGCCAGGCUGCCAUGAAUUUCUGGCUGCACUAGGAUUCGACCUGUGUGAGGUGGGCCAGGAGGAGGUGGUACUGAAGACGGGCAAGCAAGCCAACCGCCGCACCAUGCACUUUGCCCUCCAGUCUCUGCUGGCACUGUUUGACUCCACAGAGCUGCCAAAGCGUCUCAGCCUGGACAGCUCGUCUUCUCUGGAGUCUCUGCUCGGCCAGUUUGUCUCCAACCCCCUACCGCUGGGCUACCCCAGCCUGCCCUUCUCCCCACCCUGCCUAGACAGUCUGGCCUCAGACGCCAUCUCCGUCUACAGCCUGAGCUCCGUGGCCUCCACCAUGAGCUUUGCCUCCAAAUCAGAGUGUGACUCCUGGGCCAUCGACAGCGCGGUGGGGCCACAGCACACUUCUCUGCCCACAAGCACCCGCACAUUCCCCGCAGUCGCUCCUCUCCUCACGGGCGGCUGCAGCAGCAGGAGGGGGCCGGGGAGAUGUGUCUGUGUCGUCACGAGCAGUGUCAGCACCCCCACCCCCCAGUCAAGACCAGCCUGUUCCAGCCCCAACCCUCCCCUUCAGAAGGUGCCAGGCAAGGUGAGCAGCUCAGACACAGGUGAGUCGGACCAGUCCAGCACUGAGACAGAUAGCACCGUCAAAUCCCAGGAGGAGAAGACUGUCCCUCUGACCCCCAGGAGUGGCCCAGAGAUCCUGGAGGAGACCCAGAGCCAACCUGCGGGCGGUGGGAAGUUUACACGGGCGGGGCUGAGGGGGCUGCAGCUGGAGCUACCUCAGCCAGGCUCUGCCUUCCGCUCCUCAGAGACCAGCGCCUUCAGCCGUCCCAGCAGCAGCGCCAGUGUCCGCGUCCAGUCCUCCCCACGACCCAAACCUCCCUCCCGCUCUUCCUCCCUGCAGAAGAUCAGCUCUGGUUACAACAGCCCUGCAGCCUCAGAGACCUCUCUAAAGGAUGGCAGUCACCCCUCCCCUACCCUGGACAGCCACGCCCAGUUCAAGCUCAAAUACCCCAGCUCCCCCUAUAGUGGUCACAUCUCCCGCUCUCCCAGUAACGUGUCCCCCAGCUCUGGCCACCAGUCCCCGGCUUGCAGUGCCCCAUCCCCAGCUCUCUCCUACUCCUCCACAGGCUCUGCCUGCUCCAGCCCUGCCGAUGCCCCAGACCUGGACCGCCUCAGGAGGGGCGUCAUCGAUGAGAAGGUUGUGGCCAUCCACAACCUGAAGACAUUCUGGGCCAACACGGCGUCCCAGCAACAGCAGCAGCAUCUGGGUCCAGUCCGGGCUCUCCGUGGCGCCCCAGGACCCCUGGUCUCUGCCAAGAGAGAUGUGCUGAGCCUUCUGAACCUCUCCCCACGACACUGCUCCCCCAGCGACGCCCAAGACAGCCUGGAGCUGCGGGAGCUGGGGCUGCAGUCGUUGGACAGGGGCAACAAGAACCCUUCCAAUGGGCACAACCCCAGAAAGGUGGCCCCCUCGCCCUCUAUUUCCACGAGCAGCAGCCCUGGUGCUCGCUCUAUCAGACUACCUGCCGGCAAUGGAUACAAGUUCCUCUCCCCUGGCAGGUUUUUCCCAUCCUCCAAAUGCUGAGACACUUUAAAUGGUCCUCUUUCCUGUAUUUUGCCUACCACUUGUUAUCCUUUGUACUGGGGGAGUUGAGCACUUUCUGGAGGGUCACUAUUGGCCCACCGAACUUGAUUGACAAUGAAAAGUACAUAGUCAGCCAAUGAGAGUGAUCCCUCAGAGGCUCAUGAAUGCUUAGAAAGUGUCUCGUCAUUGUGCCCAUAACACUGUCAAUGGCAAUGAGAAAGACUCAAAGACCUGAUACUGUGUUUGUUUGUGUGUGUGUGUGUGUGUGUGUGUCAGGUAGACUUCAAUGCCAAUCGGUAUUUCCUCCAAAAAAUGUGCUAUUUGUGUGGGCCAAGAUGAAACCGCUCCAACUGGUCUCCUCCAUUCUAUUUUUGUUUCAAUUUAAUGAUUAUUGUUAUUAUUAUUGUUUGUUAUUAAUAUUAAUAUUAUUAUAAUUAUUAUUGUUUUGUAAAUUAAAUCCAGUGUUUCACAAUCAGUAUUAAGUGUUUUUAUAUUAUUAAAAAAGUGAACAAAAUUGUACCAUGUAAAGAUGGAUAAAUAAAAAAUAAAUAAAAAAUAUUACAUAUUUUUUAUUGAAAUCGAAACUGGCAUUUUGCCUGAUUUCUUUGUGAAUUGAGUGUCUGCUCCACAGCAUGGAUUCCCUUGCUAUUCAAUGUUAAGUACCAUGUAUGACUUUUUUGUCCAUGAUUUUGGAAAUUAAACAAGGAAGUGUCAUGACAACCAUCUCUGUCAUUUAUCAGUAAACCUGUUUCAAUAAAAAUCAUGUUUGCU